UGCAGCUUUAAGAGUUUAUUACGACUUCGUAUUAUUUGAACACGGAUGAUAUUGGAACGUUGGACCGGAAGAAUAUUACACUAGUCGGUCCUUGCUGUCGAGUUUUCCUUUGAGGUGCUGGCUUUUGCGCACAGGCGUCCAACACAUUAAACUAUACUAUAAAUGCUUUCAUUAUGUCCGAACGAAAAACACCGACUAUUUCUCAAUCCACCCUGAUUCAGCUGUACACACGGUUCAUACUUAACCUUCCGACUGAGCUUAAAGAGGAAUGUAAUCGCAAUUUCGUCAGAUUGUUUUUCGAGGUUGAACGAGCCCACUGGUUUUAUCUGGAUCAUUAUAUAGAAGAUCCCUCAAUCGGAGGUGUCGAUAUGUACGGUUUCACGGAGAGAUGUUCGUCUUUUCUUUAUAUUUUUAUUAUUCUGAUGAUCUCUGAUUCAGUGUUUGAGCAGUUUCCAAGUAUUGUUCCUGGUGGAGUUGAUUGGAGGGAGAAAUUUUUGGAGUGGAGAAAGUACCGUGGGGAAACAGAGACAGGGAGUGCUAUUAUUCUCGAUCAGUAUUUUGAAAUGUUACUACUUGUACAAGGAUUUUACGGAAACCGGUGGAACUUUCCAGGAGGGAAGCUGAACGAAAAUGAAACUUUUAUCGACUGUGCCGCUAGGGAGGUGCUGGAGGAAACUGGCUUGGAUGUUGAAUACCGUAUAAUUCCUUCUCUUUACAUUGAUCGCAAUAUCGGUGGCACAUUGCGGAGAGCUUUCAUAGUCGAAGAUAUGCCUCGCAUCUCUCGUUUACAGCCGUGCACUUGCAAUGAAAUUGAGGCAAUUACCUGGUUCAAUCUACAAGAUUUACCAACCCACGCACAAGACACGAAUCCCAUGAAGAAAUUCAACAUGCGACCAAACAACUUUUAUAUGAUUCUUCCUUUUAUGAAACAGUUGAAAGAGUACGUCAGGCUUCGACGCUCAGGCGUCCAUGCAUUAACCGCCCUUGAUGAAUCCUCCAAGCUGGUUGAGAGUGAUCAUUCCAGUGCGAUUCCUCCGGAACCCAAGAUGGUGGUCGAAAGUGCGCCCGCGAAGACGCCCCGUUCUCGCCCCAAAAAGCGCAAGAAAGCACAUUCAGCAUCUCAACCUUCCGGCGGCGCAAACAAACAGAGCUCGAAUCCUCAAAAGCAGACUCUCAACUCCAAUCUUCACCCACUCGGCAAAAUGGACCUGGAUGAAUGUCGCAAACACCUUAUUCUCCUCCGAGUCCCCCCGCCUGCUUCGCAACCUUCUUCCAUUGUGGAUUUUUCUCCAUCCUUUUGGAGUGACGUCCGCGUCCGUGGUGACGUACUGAUGGAUUUGUUAACUGCCCCAUGAGUGCCAACUUUGCAUUCAUUCCUAGAUGAUCUGCCUCGACCGUCUCCGGUUUCCUCGCAAUACUUGUCACUGCCGUAACAACUCUCUUCUACCACUGGAUUAUCGUGUUUCCACUUGUCGGACGCUACCCAUAGUGUUGCAUUGAUCUUUGUCUUAAUCGAUUCCUUUAUUCACCUAGUCAUUCCCCUUCUUCUUUUGGCUGUGCAACGCUUUAUCAUAUUUAUCAUUCCCUUCUCCAGCGCAAUCUGCAUUGGCUGGAUAACGGUGUGUCUUUCCUUCCCCCCACCUCCACAAUUUGCCCGUUGAUUACCGAACAAUAUAAUCUUUCGAUACUUCCA